UUAGUAUAUUUGCUUAAUACGUAUUCUAAAAUUGUGUAGUUAGCAAAUCUGUGAACGUCUUUACUGUAGAUCCUGUGACCUUGAAGCUGUAGGUUUCACUCUAUUUAAGCACAUCAUUAACGACUGUAGAUAAACUGACCAUGUGCAGAAGACGAUCCUUGAUUGAAGAGCAGACUUUAAAUUUAACAGUUACUGAAGCUCCAACUUGAAAACUUCCAGAGAUCGAGGGCGUGAGAAUCAAAUAUAAACAUGGAAUUGAUACAAGCAGAAGCAGAGAUAUUGCUGUUCAUCAGGUCACAAAGGGGAACUGCUACCGUACCAUGACAUGUUAAUUUUGUAGCCAGUGGAAAAUGAAAUGCGUGCAUCAGAGGAACCUUGGCUUACAUCAACCCAUCGGUUCUCAGAUCCCAGUCAACCAUGAGCAUCAUCUCCUGCCAGCUGGCGCUUGUAGCUGUAGUUGUGAUCACACUGGCUGUGGUGUCCUGCGCUGAAGCUAAGACUACGCAGAAGCCAAAAUACCAGUACACCAAGAAGCCCGUCCCUCAGAUCACUGUGCACAGCCCCGUGACCACCAGUGCGCCGAAGACUCUCAAGGUCGUGGUAAGCACAAAGGCGGUGGAGCCCCAUCCAGUGCCGCCAACAGAGAGGAGCGCACACCCAAGCCAUGGCUUUCCUCAGUACUACACAGAGAACACGGAGCCCCCUGCUGCUGGCCCUGAGAACUACACCUUGGAUUACAAUGAGUGCUACUUCAAUUUCUGCGAGUGCUGUCCUCCAGAGAGAGGCCCCAGAGGGCCAAAGGGAGACAGAGGCCCAGAAGGUCCACCAGGUGAAAGAGGUCUAGCAGGAGCCGCCGGUUUACCAGGACCAUCGGGUGUGAGUGGUCCUAUGGGAUUAAAAGGAGACAAAGGGGAUAGGGGUGAUAGAGGAAGCAGUGGGACAGCUGGGCCACCAGGAAUACCAGGCAAACCUGGACAGAAAGGUGACGUUGGCUCAAAAGGUGAGAAAGGUGAAGUAGGGUUACAAGGUGUCAGAGGUGAUGGUGGGGAAAAAGGUGAGCCUGGUCUGAAUGGAACUGCUGGUGAGAAAGGGGAACCGGGAAAAGAGGGCCCACCUGGACUUCCAGGAGCAGCUGUUGCAAUUGGCCCCAAGGGAGACAAGGGGGAUAAGGGUGAGUGUGGCAUACUGGGGGAGAGAGGACAGAAAGGUGAUCGAGGGGAUACUGGGCCUCCGGGUGUCCCAGGAGGCAUGGGCAUUCCAGGAUUAAAUGGCAAACAUGGUUCCCCGGGUGUUGUAGGCCCACGUGGGGACCCAGGACCACCUGGAGCACAGGGUGAACCAGGGGCAAGUGGGCCUCAGGGUCCACAAGGCAUCAGAGGGAUGCUUGGGCCAAAGGGAGACAGAGGUUACCCUGGUAUGAGAGGUGAACGGGGCAUUCGUGGAAUGAAAGGAGCCAAAGGAUCGGGAAUAGCUCAGAAACGCUCAGCAUUCAGUGUAGGCAUCUCUCCAAGAAAGUCCUUCCCUCCCUCUGGCUUCCCGAUCCGGUUUGACAAAGUCUUCUACAACGAAGAGAACCACUUCAACCUCACCUCCAACAGCUUUGUGUGCGUCCAUGCUGGUGUGUACGUCUUCUCCUUCCACAUCACUGUACGCAAUCAGCCACUGCGAGCAACGCUGGUGGUAAAUGGAUCACGGCGAGUACGGACACGGGACUCUCUGUACGGCCAAGACAUUGACCAGGCAUCCACUCUGGUGGUGCUGCAUCUGGUCGUGGGUGACGAGGUGUGGAUGGAGACACUCAGAGACUGGAACGGGGCGACGCCAGCAGUGAGGAUGACAGCAUCUUCUCUGGGUUCCUGCUUUACUCGGACACUCUCUAAGGCUCGAUUUGCUACUGACUCUCUUCUUUUACUGUGCUCCUCCAACUUGAACAUAAGGAAAAAAAACUCCAAAUAUUGGUGGUGCUACACUAUAAUACUCUCUCCAGUCAGUACUGUACACUAUUCUGAUAAUGGGGAAUAAGAUGUUCACCCACACUCUAGGUAUUACUGCAUAUUUAUUUAUAUUCAGUUUAUGAAGUGUAGAAAAACUUAAAAUGUGUCCACCCCGUAGCAAAUUGCAACAAAACACAACUUUUAAUUACUUCUGCGAUAUUUAACCCCUUUAACAAGACACAAAUCAGGAAUUGUCUUAAGCAAACUCAAAGCUAAUCCAGAAUUGAACUAAUUGCUCAAAAUGCACAUGAGGUAGAACACAUCAAAUGGCUAAAGUGGAUCACUUUCGUUUUCGAAACAUAACCAAGUCUCAGUAAUGGUCAAGGAGGAGGAGGAGGAAGAAGAAUGAAGCAUCGUUGGAGAAAAAGACAUUGUGGAGCACGGUGGUGGCUCUGUGGUGAUCAGGGCCUGCUUUGUCUUCGUCUGCAUCGUACUGCAUACAUCACAUUAGUGCUGUGAGAACACUGAGCGUCACUGGACCUUCAGAAGGAGAAUGGUCCUAAGUAAACCUAAAGGUUUACCAAGGUUUGAUUCCAGAAGUAGCUGUGAAAAAUUCAACUGCGGCCUUGGGGCUACAGUAGUUAAAUUGUUCCAGUUGUUCAUUGAAAACAGCUGAUUGUUGCCAAGACAAUAAGAAAGAAAUAAUAUUGAGUAUGAUUAUAUGUGAACAGUUAUUGCAUAUACAGUAUCCUGAUAUGAUAAAAUGGCCCAGAGGGAAAACCGUGCUUUCCAUUAUUCAGAUAAUUGGUAGUUUGACCUACAGCUUCAAGUGUCAGGUAGUUUUAUUAGGAUGCAUUUGAUGAUUUAAUGGUGGUAGAGAUGCUGCAGGUCGACUGUAAAUAUUCUGAAUCCACACGCUAGCAGUUGAAAAGUAUUAGUUUUAGUUAAUGGUAUUUUAUUUUACUUACUUCUCCCGGCCCAUAUUUUGAAUGUAUUUAUUAAACCUGCUGUCUUCUUUUCUCACUACCUACUGUCUGUCUGCGUUUAAUAGUAUUUGUUCUGCAUCUUUGUUAUGUUUACAGGAAAAUCACUGUGAUCUAGCUACAGUAUAUCAAUAUAAUUUCUGCUUGUCUGAUACAUAAUCAACAUUGUACAAUAGAAUUGUAUUAAAAGGUGAUCAUAUAAAAUAAAGUCCAGUAAAUCAUUUUUAA